UUUCCCUAUAGCCUCGUUUAGUCGAGCAUCGUUCUCUCGAUCUCUGGGCAGAAAACUUCGGUUGAGCUCUGGAUCACUUGUACCCGUUUCUGGUGUAACCUUUGAUUUGUUCAUUUUUGUGUUUGGAGCUAAAUUUGCGAUGUCGGGAGAUGAAGGGAUUGAGAUUUACGAGGAAGGAGAGGAAAUCAUGGAUGUGAGUAACGAGGCAGAAGCGAAAACCGAGUUUGAGAAAGGGAAAGGAGAUGAGAACGUCUUGCAGUUCCUAGACUCGUUGGAUGAGUAUUUAACGCUUAUGGAUUCUGUGAAUUCAAAGCUUCGAGAGGGAUGGUUUGAUCUAGCUAGUGCUCGACACUCAAUGGGAACUUUGCGUAUCAACAGCACUCUCUUAGACCUAAAGUAUCAUCCCGCUGCUUCAACUUUGCAAGUGACAGAGCAAGAGGUUGAAUCUUUGGGAUCAGUACCUCGUUUUGCUUUAUCCAAGUGGGCUUCCAAGGGCGGUAGCGGGAAAGAAAAACAUUUCUCUACUGAUGCAGAUUCGGAGAUGGGCUCACCUCGUAGCCCACAGCUACGGCAUCGAGGCGUUUUUGAGAAAUCAUCAGCCAAGGAUGAAACCGUGUUAGCAGCUGAUGAAGAGAUUAAGAAAGAACGAGCGAAAUCUCUGUCUGUAUUUGGAGGUCUAGUCUCGCCUAAGCUGCGUGGCGCUCAACUAUCAUUUGAGACAGCUCUUGAAACUCUAGUGGAAAUAGCCAACAUGCGAUCAUCAAUGCUAUCUGCCUUUGAGGGGAUCACAAAGAAGUAAAGUUCAUAGGUAACAACUGAUCCUGAAAUGUGCUCAAUGGAUUCAGCGGAAGCAGAUUAUAGCCAACCUCAAGUUUCCCAAAACUUUACCCAAAAUGUUUCCCGAAAGAAAAAAACGAACAGAAAAUUCAGUUAACGGGUAAAUUCGGGUAGUUUAAAAUCACAAAUCACAUUUUCAAUCAUAGGAGACUUGGAGUAAUGGUCAACUUGAGGACUGGUUUUUUUCCUGUCAUCGGUGAAAUUUUUUUAUGGAUUCACCUCUGAUUAGUUGUAUGGAGCAUCGGAGUAAAAUAGGCAAUACUUUGUUUUCAUGUUAAACGCUUGCCUUUUUGAUUAUUUAUCACUUUCUCUUCAUUUUGUUG